GUGUUGGGCACCACCAACACUACUCCCAUCCCUCCUUCCAAUCUGAGUUAGGUCAGUUCAGUCCAGCCCCGUCCUCGUCCCCUUCCCUCACUCACUCGCCUUCUCCUCGUCCUCCUGCAAUUCGCUUCUUACUAACGUUGAAUCUUGAAGCAUCAUGUUCUUCGUCUCACACUUCGUGCCACUCUCUUCGAACUCUCCAGCCACUUACCACCUGCUUUCUCGUCUUGUCUCGUCUGCACACUCCUUCUGACUUGUCUUGUUUUCUCUUUUUUCUCACUCUGUUUUUUGAUUCGAUUGCAUCGAGCGCUAGUGUUGUUAGAUCAGCCAUGCACUCAUGCCCCAGCUUAGUGCAGUUGUAGCACCAUCGCCAGUGGUGAAGUCUCCCGCUAUGGAUGGUCGAGGCGGAGGAGGCGGAGGGAUCUUCAACGGGGAUCGCACUAGUAGUCUCAAUCAAACCCUCCGCAAAGUUACUGGGAUGCUAGGCGUAGGGAGGAUGCUGGGUCGGAAGGAGUCAAAUGGUGAAGCAUCAACCUUGGAUAGCAGAGACGGAGGUGAAGGUUGCAGUCCCGCCGACAGUGCAGGCCCUUCUCUUACAGAAUCUAAGAGCUUCACGAGCGAUGCAAGUGACAGCAAUGGGGAGCCUUUCGCUUCAUCACCCAGAUACCCAUUUGAUACUUCCUGCAGAGGCAGUGGGUCGGAAAGCUCCAGACUCCCAGGGGGGAGAGCUACGGAUGCUGCUCGGGUCGCUAGAUUUAAGAAGAUUUUAGCUGCCCAAACUGUUGAUGUAGAUGCUCUACGAGAACUUGCUUGGAGUGGCGUGCCUCCGUUUCUUAGGCCAAAUGUUUGGCGGCUGCUUUUGGGGUAUUCGUCACCCAAUGCAGAUAGAAGGGAAGCAGCUCUGGCCCGAAAGCGGCAGGAGUACCUGGAUUGUGUUCCACAAUACUAUGAUAUUCCAGAUAGUGAUCGAACGGAUGAUGAAAUUGUCAUGCUGCAUCAGAUAGGAGUAGAUGCACCAAGGACACUGCCUGAAGUGCCAUUUUUCCAGGACCCCAUUGUCCAGGCGACCUUGAAGCGCAUUUUGUAUAUAUGGGCCAUCCGACAUCCAGCUAGCGGUUAUGUCCAAGGUAUCAAUGAUUUGGCUACACCUUUUAUUGUUGUAUUUCUAUCAGAGUACCUGGAAGGUGAUAUAGAUACCUGGGACUUGAGCAAGCUUUCUCCAGGCAUCAUCUCCAAGGUUGAAGCAGAUUCUUUCGGGUGUCUGUCAAAGCUGCUGGAUGGUAUUCAAGAUCAUUACACAUUUGCGCAGCCAGGCAUACAACGGCUUGUAUUCAGAUUCAAAGAGCUUGUUCGUCGCAUUGAUGAACCCGUUGCGAGGCACUUGGAGCAGGAGGGACUGGAGUUCCUUCAGUUUUCAUUUCGUUGGCUGAACUGCCUCCUCAUCCGAGAGGUUCCUUUCCAGCUUGUGGGUCGUCUAUGGGAUACAUGGUUAGCAGAAGCAGAUAACUUUCCAGAGUACCUCGUAUACGUAUGUGCCAGCUUCCUACUCACUUGGUCAGACCAGUUACAGCAGCUCGAUUUCCAGGAAAUGGUCCUGUUCUUACAGCAUAUUCCGACCAAGAAUUGGACUCAUCAAGAGUUAGAGAUGGUAUUAUCUCGCGCUUUUAUGUGGCGGGUCAUGUUCGAUCGUUCUCCGUCCCACUUGAAUUCAGGCUAGAAUCACUUCCUUCUCGUCCAGUUCCUUCGUGUUCCUCAUUCAUUCAGAUGUAAGCAGUAUCACUGGCAUAAGGAGGGACAUUCCUGAUUCUCUCACGGUUUCUUGAUAUUGUUAUAAUCAUCAUGUGGUGGUGAUACUUCUACCCUCUUAGUGGUAGGGUUAGUUGCUCAUAUAGACGUUCACUGAAUUUGCGAGCAGUUUCUCACCCUUGGUGAGCAGAGUGUAUAUAGCACCCUUGUCAUAUCAAUAAAAGUUUUCUGUUCAUUCUGUACAUUA